UUCGGCAAGAGACGUCAUUGAUUGAUUAUUAAUGUGAAAUCUUUGUCGCUAGAUGUCACUUUAUUCGUAGAACUAAAAAAUUACAUCGACAAUACCGAUUUGUUCAUGAUAGGAUGCGGGUUUGUAACGACUAGUGAAAUAAAUUACUAAAACUGAGUGGAGCCGUGUUCGUUGCGGUCAAUCUGAACCGGAUUGAUUCCUCGUGUUGUGAUGGCUCUCGGUAGUGAUGUGCAUGAUAACUCCACGAAAAAUGCUUCUCAAAAAGUGAAAAAAUGUCCAGCGAACAAUUCCGUGAAUGACAAGACAAGCAGUGGCAAUGCUAACAAUGCUGAGAAACAAGAUAAACAAUCGGCAAAAAUGAAGAAUGAUAAGAAGGACGUGUGCGUAAAGCCUGUGGUCUGUAGUAAUGGGCACGCGAGUACGCCUAACGGGCGAGCGGAAGACGAGGGUGAUGGCGGCAGUGUGCCGGCACCACGUGUGUCGUAUGCGGCUGCGGCGCGCAAGCCACCUUCGCCACAAAUCAACAACACACUCGCGUCCUUCCCCCCUAGUACAGAUUCACAGAAAGUAAAGGCUAAUGGUGAGAAGUUAUCACAGCCGAAAUCCGGUGUUUGUACAAUGAAAGUAAACGGAGAAGGACUUAUACCCAACAGUAAUGAUAGUAAAUCUGAUAAAAUAAGUACCAAAGAACCAAUAGUAAACGGCACAGACAAAAAUGACACCAUAGUUAAUGGUGACCCAAAAAAAGAAUUAGAUUGUGAUAUUAGUAGUAGUGAUAAUACUAAAGUAGUUUCUAAUGGAAUUAACAGUGACUCCAAUGAUACUAAAACGAAUAAGUCUGAAGAAAAAGUUGAAGUAAUAAAACAGGUUUGUCCCAUUAAGCCAGAAGGUAAACAGAUAUCAGAGAACAAAAAAGAGAAAAAGACAAAGACGGCAGACAAAACGAAUGACACGGAAAAGAAAAAGGACUCCGCAAAAGAUAAGAAUGCUGAUGGCAAGAAAGAGAAAAAGGAUGAUGGUACUGUACAUAAAGGUGACGCCGGUGAUAAAGUAAAUGGUGAGUGCAGUAAAACUUUAAAUGGAGAAGGAGACAGAGAGUCUUCUCCAAGUGAAGAUGGAGAUGAGAAGAAGAGAGACGCAGAAGUUGUGUUUAUUCAGGAUAUGGGUUUUACUGUGAAGAUUGUCAGUCCAGGAGCCGAGCCAUUAGACAUUCAGGUUUCGAGUAUGGAACUCGUACAAGAAAUACACCAAGUUCUGAUGGAUCGCGAGGACUCAUGCCACAGAACGUGUUUCUCUUUACAAUUGGAUGGCGUCACGCUGGAUAACUUUGCUGAACUAAAGAACAUUGAAGGACUGAAAGAAGGAUCUGUUAUAAAAGUGGUAGAGGAACCAUACACAAUGCGCGAGGCUCGCAUCCAUGUGCGUCAUGUUCGGGAUCUCCUCAAAUCCAUUGACUACACGGACGCUUACGCCGGCCAAGAAUGCAGUUCCUUAGCCUUCCUCAACAUCAUCACACAAGGAGAUAUUCUAGAAAAGAAAAAGUCCCGUCCGGAGAGUGUGGACUGCACGCCUCCAGACUACAUAAUGCCGGGUAGUACUGAGCGACCAUUGCUGCCCUUGCAUCCAGGUCUUACAAAAGAGAACAAGGCGCCACAAUGCUUGAAGGUAUUAACAACGUCGGGCUGGAACCCGCCGCCCGGGCCGCGCAAGAUGUGCGGCGACCUCCUCUACUUGCAUGUGGUGACGCUGGAAGACCGCCACUUCCAUAUUACAGCUUGCCCCAGAGGAUUCUACCUUAACCAGUCUACGGAAGAAGUGUUCAACCCUCGUCCGGCGACUCCAUCGCUACUAUGCCACUCGUUGAUCGAGCUGCUCAGCAUCGUGUCUCCAGCGUUCAAGCGCAACUUUGCCCUGGUCCAGAAGAAGCGUAUGCAGAAGCAUCCAUUUGAAAGAGUGGCCACGCCGUACCAGGUGUACCAGUGGGCGUCUCCAAUGCUCGACCACACCGUCGAUGCUAUAAGAGCGGAAGACACAUUCUCAUCGAAACUGGGUUAUGAAGAGCAUAUUCCUGGCCAAACUAGGGAUUGGAAUGAGGAGUUGCAGACUACAAGGGAACUGCCUCGUUCCACGUUGCCUGAGCGCUUGCUUCGCGAACGAGCGAUCUUCAAGGUGCACAGCGACUUCGUGGCAGCUGCAACGCGUGGUGCGAUGGCGGUGGUGGACGGCAACGUGAUGGCCAUCAACCCUGGCGAGGAGCCGAAGAUGCAGAUGUUCAUAUGGAACAACAUAUUCUUCUCGCUCGGCUUUGACGUGCGCGACCAUUACAAGGAUCUGGGAGGCGAUGCUGCUGCCUUUGUUGCGCCGCGCAACGACCUUCAAGGCGUUCGCGUUUACAGCGCGGUAGAUACAGCCGGCCUUCACACCCUGGGCACCGUGGUGGUGGACUACAGAGGCUACCGAGUGACUGCCCAGUCCAUCAUCCCUGGUAUCCUCGAGAAGGAGCAGGAACAAAGCGUCGUGUAUGGCAGCAUUGACUUCGGAACUACUGUACUCUCGCAUCCUAAGUAUAUGGAGCUGCUAAGCAAAGCGGGUCAGCAAUUGAAGAUAAUGCCACACUCGGUGAUCAGUGCCAACGGAGAGACCGUGGAGUUAUGCUCCAGUGUCGAGUGUAAGGGCAUCAUCGGUAACGACGGCCGUCACUACAUACUGGACUUGUUGCGCACCUUCCCGCCUGAUGUCAACUUCCUGCAGCUGGAAGAUGAUGAACUGAGGGAGGACAUCAAAUCAAUGGGCUUCCCAAUUAUCCACAAGCACAAACUGUGUUGCCUUAGACAAGAAUUAGUUGAUAGUUUCGUCGAGGCUCGUUACUUCAUGUUUAUUCGUUACGCCGCUUUCCACUUGCAACAGUUAAGUGCGAAGCGUCAACGGGACACCGCACAGAAAUCUAUUGAGAACAAAGAUAUCGAUAUGAAGGAGGCUGCCAAUGAGACUGAGAAGAAAGAAGAAAAAACAAAGCGUGAGACCAAGAGCCAGGAGAAAGAAGUAAAAGAGAAAAAGCACAAAAAAGAAGAUAAAAAAGAGAAGGAAAGUGCCAAAAAGGAAGCAGCGAAAGAGAAAACUGCAGAAGAAGAAAAGCCUGCGGCUAAAAGUGAGAAGAAAGAAGAUGAUUUGUUGUUGAACGAGAAUUACUCUGAGAUCGACACCGAUGUCGCCAAGAAGAUUGUUGAGAGUAUCACUGAUUCGAUAUGCAGCGGUGGGGACAAACAAGAGAGUGAUUCUGGUGAACGUUCCCGUGCCGUAGUGGCGGCGGCGGCGCGCGCGGUGGCGUCCCUCAAGGAGUCGGAGUUCGAUGUCCGCUUCAACCCCGACGUGUACUCCGCGGGCAUCAAACACGCUGCCGAGCCGGAGCAACUCGCCAAACAACGACAUCUCGUCAAGGAAGCCGCUGCCUUCCUGCUUACUACGCAGAUACCGGCCUUCGUCCGCGAGUGCCUGGAGCACACGUCUGCGCCGAUGGACGGCGCGGGGCUGACGGAGGCGCUGCACGGGCGCGGCAUCAACGUGCGCUACCUCGGCCGCGUCGCCAACGCACUGCGCCCGCACGCACAGCUCUCCUACCUACACGCCAUCGCCGUCGCUGAACUACUACUGCGCGCUGCCAAGCAUAUCUACACUGCGUAUCUGCAGGGUUGCGAGGCGAUGUGUAUCGGCGCCGCAGUGGCCCACUUCCUGAACUGCCUGCUGGGCGCGUGCGGCAGCCCGGCGCUGUCUGCGGCGGAGGGCCCGGGCGCCGCGCGGCCCACCCGCGGCCCGCGCGGCCGCCGCGCCAGGAGGCACGCGCACGCCGCGCCGCCGCCAGACCCGCACCCCGACUGGCAAAACCUCACUCCCAAGUCACUCUUCUCGCAGAUCAAACAGGAACUUAAGGCAUAUUGGGGAUAUGAACUCAACGCAGACAGCAUGGAUUCAGUCAUAGAGAAACAUGGCUUACAGAAAAUUUCGCUUCUCAGAUCUUUCGCGCUCAAAGUUGGUCUACAGUUGAUGCUACGCGAGUACGACUUCGACAGUAAGAACAAGGCGCCUUUCACCGCAAACGAUAUCAUGAAUAUUUUCCCCGUCGUCAAGCAUAUCAACCCACGCGCAUCAGACGCAUACAACUUCUACACGACUGGCCAGAACAAAAUACAGGCUGGCGCAGUAUCAGAGGGCCACGAGUUAAUCGCCGAAGCACUGAAUCUGUUGAACAACGUGUACGGAGCCAUGCACGGCGAGAUUGCGCAAUGUUUGCGCAUGGUUGCGCGACUGUGCUACGUUACCGGGGAACAUAGAGACGCCAUGGCCUACCAACAGAAGGCUGUGCUCAUGUCUGAGAGAGUCAACGGAAUCGAUCAUCCUUAUACUAUUACUGAAUAUUCUCACUUGGCGUUGUACUGCUUCGCAAAUGGCCAAGUCAGCACAGCGUUGAAGCUGUUGUACCGCGCCCGCUACCUCGCUCUACUCGUCUGUGGAGAGAAUCAUCCGGAGAUGGCGUUACUUGAUAGUAACAUCGCCCUGAUCCUGCACGCGGUGGGCGAGUACGAGCUGUCGCUGCGGUUCGCGGAGCGCGCGCUGGCCGUGACGUGCGCGUCGCACGGCGCGCGCUCGCUCAAGGCCGCCGUGGCGCGACAUCUGCUGGCCCGCACGCUCUCCUGUCUCGGGGACUUCCGCGCCGCGCUGCAGCACGAGAAGGAGACAUACUCCAUCUACAAACAACAGCUGGGAGAGAAGCACGAGAAGACCCGCGAGUCGUCGGAAUGCCUGCGGCACCUGACGCAGCAGGCGGUGGUGCUCCAGAAGCGCCUGGCGGAGGCCUACGCCCGCGCCCCGCACGCCGCGCCCGCGCCCCCGCCGCUGCACAUCCAGCCGCCCGGCAUGGCCUCCGUCAUCGACAUGCUCAAUCUCAUCAACGGCAUACUCUUCGUGCAGAUUAGCCCUCAAGACAUUGAGCAAUUCAAAGCGGAAAUCGAGAAAAGACAGCUGAAGGAGCUCCCGAUCCCCGGCGUCCUGGGCGAGCUGGGCAGCGAAGAGAAGGAACAGAAGAUGGAGACAGACGCGGCGGACAGUUGAAGGGCGGCCGGGCAGGGCUGGCUCGCUCGCACACGGUCCGUCGCACGGGACGUUUCACAUAUACAUUGUUACUUUAAUAUAAUUAUUGAUUGAUGAUAUUGUUCCUUAUCUAUGAAUGUAUGCGGUAGUGAAUAGUGUGCUAAGGUUUGAUGUAGAUUUUUUUUUGUUAGAAAAAUUUUGAGGAUAUUACUUUGAUCAAAUAAUUAAGUGUUAUUUUGAUUAUUUUGAAUGAAUUCUCGCGGAGUGCGAUAGUUGAUGCAUGUUGCGUACGUUUCGCUCAAAUCACGCAGAUCUAGUUUUAAUUUUACGCUUCCGUUCGGGAUUCACAAUUUUAUCAACACCCAGAGUAGUGCAAUUCAAGUAGUGAUAAUAGCAAUAAGUUUUGGUUGUGAUCCUGAGACCGUGUAUGUCGCUAUGUUAUGGUAACUGGUGCUACUGCCAACUUGUCCUUCAUAUAUAUUAUAAUGGUUUUAUGAAUUGUUAUUGUCGAGUAUUAUUUUUUUUAACUAGUACGGGAGUAUAUUGUUGAAACACCUGUAGCAGUAGAAAUUCAGUUAUAUUGUGAUUGAAAUGUAACAGGAUUAGAAUGCUACCCGCAUGCAAAUGGAUGAUAGUUUAUUUUAUAUCAACGGAAUGAGUUUCGCUCGAUACGAACACUGCCUUUAUCGUUACAUUGUAGUUUCAGGUUUAGUUGUUAGUGCCAUAAUAUGAAUGUAGUGCAUGUAAGUUUGUGUAAUAUUUUCGUUAGUCUGUGAUAUAGCAUGUUUAUCAUCGAGUGACUUGCCUUGUUAUGCAAUAAAGAUAUUGUACCUGGCAAUAGUUUCGGCUUCCAUGUCUGUUUGGUAUGUAAACUAAGAUCAUUGAAUCAACCAAACAUAAAUUAUGAAAUGUAUUAUAAUGAAUAUGAUAUACUUGUGGUCAAUAUUAUGUAAUAUACGAGCCUUGUGAACGGAUCACUUAGCUAUGGUGUAUUCAUGUUAUACUUCUAUGAUAUAAAUCAACUAUUCUUGUAAUGGGUAUUGAUAUCUUGUCAGUGACGCCAAAUGAACAAAUGUUUAUGAAUGAAUGUUUUUUGGGAAAAAUAAUGUAUUUUAAGAGUACUUUGCCUUUCAAAAUCAACAGUUUGUACGUCAUGUCGUCAUCCGUUGUUACUGUGUCGCUACAUAUCCGAAUUAGAUUUGUUGUGUUAGCACAUCAUCCUACUCACUGUGAGCAUCGAAACAUAAGCUUUCAUAGUAGUAUAGUUUUGUUUGUACGGAACAAAUGUUUAUAUAGUCAACAGCAACAGAUGCGGAUAGUGUUGCCAACCACUGGAUCUGUAGCUUUGUCUUCAUGUUGUUAUAACCUACUCUAAUAAUGUAACUUAUGGGUUCACAUAGUUGUGCUUUUGAGUCAAUUCAUGUAGUUUACAUAUUUCAGGCCAUACUUGUGUAUGUAAGAAGUAUACUGUUACCACUUUAUAGUAAUAGAUUGCACGUUAUGCGUAUCGAUAAGAUCGCGUUACACGUUAGACAGACCAUCGUCGAAUCUUCGUCAUUGUGUGCAUAUCACUGACGUGUGUGUGUAACAAUAUAAUAAUAUUGUAGAAUGUGGAUUGUUAUAUUAUGGUAUAAUAUUAACUAAAUUCAUAUUACUGUUACGACGCGACGGUCCUAAUAUAAGGCGAUUGUCAUCGAUACGCACAUCUUACAGUGCUCGUUAGCUAAAUAUAUAAGAAUGUUGUUCGAUGAAGUACGUGCCUAAGCAAACAAUAAUCAAUCGUUGUUGUUACAUUUCUUUAACAAUAUGAUGACUAUGUAAAUACGGCGCUGUUCGUAGUAUGAUAAUAAAAAAUCGUUUUUAAAAAAA